GUUUACGUCAAUUGCAAGUGGAUAAUAGUCAAGAUUUAGUGCAAAAUAUAAGGUGAAUGGAAUAAAAAUAAUUGAAAAAAUUUAAAUAAGGUGGAAUUAAAAGGAACUGGAAUAUUGUCGGUGAAAUUCGGCAAUAAUCGAGUAAAUUCGGUGGGCAACGGACAAGAUCGGUGGCGCGCGCGAGUCACUCGGGCGUCCGGGGGCCGCCAUUUUCCUCCAGUGAGGGAGAGAGUCGCGAGUCGUUGGACAGUCGCACACGUUUUUUUCGCAGAUCGAGCGAUUUUACGGAGUUUCGGGGUGUCGGGCGGGUGCGCGACAGCCCAAAACCCAUUAAUCGUUGUAAAAACGUAAUAUUAAAAACUAAAAGGUGUUUGGAAGUAUCGAAAAACGUUGGGAGUAGUAUCCAGAAGCAAAGCGGCGAGUUGCCCAGGAGGAAGAGAGAGAGAACGAGCGGCUUUAUAUGCCGGGAGGGAAGAACGCCGUGUGAGUGAUAUUGUGAUUGCAAGUGACGCGGUGUUAGGAAAUUAUUUUUGAUUCUGUGGAUUUAAAGCGUAGGUGGAUAAUAAGUUCAGUCUCCGACAGGAGUCGGUAAACAACUUCGUGAUGUAUUGGAGAUUCGACGGUUCACCUUCGCAUACAUAUGAAACGUCCGUGUUGAAGAAACAAUCUGUGUGACGAAACAUAAUAAUAUCAGUGCGGCAUUAUUUUUUAAACAAUUAAACGUUGAGUGUUUUAUAAACAAAUAAAUUGUAAGGGUGGAUUUGUUUAUCGGGUAUAUUGUUUGAUUGUUAUUAAAAGUAAGAGUGAGAAAUUUAAAAAUAGGGGGGGUUGUCUGACCGAUGGACAAACGGAAGAUGUUGACGAAACGCCCUCGAAUGGAUACUAUGAGGGGCCCAAUUGCUAAUGGGCCCAUCCAAACUCGUCCGUUGGUUGCUUUGCUUGAUGGCCGUGAUUGUUCUAUUGAAAUGCCCAUCUUAAAAGAUGUUGCUACUGUAGCAUUUUGUGAUGCACAAUCCACAUCUGAAAUACAUGAAAAGGUACUAAAUGAAGCAGUUGGGGCUUUGAUGUGGCACACUAUUAUUCUCACUAAAGAAGACCUUGAAAAGUUCAAAACAUUAAGAAUAAUUGUACGAAUUGGUUCUGGAGUUGAUAAUAUUGAUGUAAAAGCAGCUGGAGAAUUAGGAAUUGCAGUUUGCAAUGUUCCUGGUUAUGGAGUUGAAGAAGUUGCUGACACUACCCUCUGUCUUAUUUUGAACCUCUAUCGACGUACAUAUUGGUUAGCAAAUAUGGUCCGAGAAGGAAAAAAAUUUACUGGUCCUGAACAGGUACGAGAAGCUGCACAAGGAUGUGCUAGGAUACGAGGAGAUACUCUUGGAAUUGUUGGAUUAGGCAGGAUUGGAUCAGCAGUCGCCUUACGCGCGAAAGCUUUUGGAUUUCUUGUCAUGUUUUACGAUCCAUAUCUUCCAGAUGGUAUCGAAAAGUCUUUGGGAUUAACCAGAGUUUAUACGCUACAGGAUUUGCUUUAUCAAUCGGAUUGUGUGUCACUACACUGUACCUUGAAUGAACACAAUCAUCAUUUAAUUAAUGAAUUUACCAUCAAACAGAUGAGACCUGGAGCAUUUUUAGUAAACACAGCACGAGGUGGUCUAGUAGAUGACGAUGCGCUAGCAGCUGCACUAAAACAAGGCAGAAUUCGUGCUGCAGCACUUGACGUCCAUGAAAACGAACCUUACAAUGUCUUUCAGGGUCCACUGAAGGAUGCUCCUAACCUUCUCUGUACACCCCAUGCAGCAUUUUACAGUGAUGCAAGCUGCUCAGAAUUACGUGAAAUGGCAGCAAGUGAAAUACGACGAGCUAUUAUUGGUCGCAUACCAGAUUGUUUGAGAAACUGUGUGAAUAAGGAGUAUUUCCACUCUUCCACCGGCAGCUACCCUGAGGCAAUCAACGGUGGAUACUAUACAGGAACAUUACCAAUCCAGCAGGCGCAUUCGACGACACCUCAUGAUUCAGCGCCUCCACCACCGGGAGGUCAUUCCGGCGUUGGUGUUGCUAGUAGUGCUGGUCCAAACUCUUCGGCGGGAGGAAAUCCAGGUCCCACGGGCCCCACUGGCCCAACGGUAGGUGGUGCCGGGGCUGGAGGUCCUGCUACGGCUCCACCUACUGCUGGAUUACCUGGUCUACCACACAGCAUAGUGAGCGAGCCUGAUCCUCGGCCAAGCCCACCUGCUCCAAGUCCUCGUUGACCUUGAACUCCCUACGACUUCAACAACUUUCAGCACCACCACCCUCUGACCUAAUCUCCCCCCUUAGCCAUUCAUAUAUAUAUGAGUUACGCGUAUCACAGUGCACACAAAUCAGGACAAAACCGUGACCAAACUUGACAAGACAGACAGACUAGAAUUUAAAUAAAUUUUAAACUAAAUAAUAAUGAUGAUCGUAAUGAUAAUAAUAUUAAUUAAUGAUGAUGAUGAUGAUAAUGAUGAUGACGAUUAAAAAUAAUGAUGAUAAAAAUAAUGAAAUGAUGUCACGCCAACUAAAGCUGGAUCAUUAUAUGAUGAACAGUGCAUUAUUGUGAAGAAAUGUAUUCCAAAAUCUGUCUACUGCUUCCGAGAAAAAGUUUGCAAAGAGAUCGAACGUGAGGGGGAGGAAGCGUGAAAGAGCGGGAGAGAAAGAGAGUAUGAAUUAGUGCGUAAGAGUAUGAAGAGAAAAA